GUCAGUCUCCGCUCAUCCUCCAUGGCAUCCCAUGCAGCUGCACUACUAGCCCUCAGCCUGCUGAUUCUCUGGACCUCCCCUGCUCUGGGAGAUGCCAACGACGCUGAAGACUGCUGCCUGUCUGUGGCCCGGCGCCCCAUCCCUGGAUUCCUGGUGCGAGCCUAUCGCUACCUGCUCAUCAACAAUGGCUGCAGUGUGUCUGCCGUUGUGUUCACCACACUGAGAGGUCACCAGCUCUGUGCACCCCCAGACCAGCCCUGGGUGGACCGCAUCAUCCGGAGACUGCGGAAGAACUCAGCCAAGGCAAGCCUGGCCCUCCCCAGCCCUGCCUCCUCCCUGCAAGCCCCUGUCCAAGACCCCAGCCCAUGACUUUGCCUCUCCUUCCUCUCCCAGGGAAAGCGCUACA